AGUCCUAUUCGGGGCUCUUCCAACCUCCUCUGCCCACGGCUGCUCUUACAGUUGAAGUGGCAGCUCAUACUGUGAAGAUGCACUGUUUGAAAACUGUGGCAUUCCUUUUAUUCUUCUCGCUGCUGCUCAGUCAGGUGCACUGUGCUUCCCUGCACCAACCACAGCCUCUCCUGAGACAGAAGCGGAUGACGCCUUUCUGGAGAGGAGUCUCACUGAGACCUGUUGGAGCCUCGUGUAGGGAUAACAGUGAAUGCAUUACAAUGCUAUGCAGGUAAAUAACCCUCAUCAAUAUCAAAGCUCAGAGACGCUUGAUACGCUGUUAUGUAGAGGAAGCUCCUUAUUCUCAAUCAAACAAGAUAUGGGAUUAAUUCUGUGCAUAGAAGAAAAAGAUGCCAGGAAUAAGGAUGGAGCAAUAGAUUCAGACCUCUUUUGUUAGCAGUACAAACAGACCAGAGUCCAAGUGCCCUUGACGACAAGCCUUAGCCAUUGCAAUGCAACCCCAAAAAGUCAUCUCAAAAAAAGAAAAAAGAACACAGAAUUUUAGACUGAAUUUAGGUAU